UUUUAUAACAUAUUUCAUAUCUUGUAAUGGAAUACUUAGUUUUAGCAUGGACAAAUUCUACGUUUUUCAUUGAUAUUUUUUUUACCAAAUAUAACGAUUUACGUAAGCUUUGAGAUUUUCCUUCUUUUCAAAACAGAGUUGCCUUUAACAUCGUUCCGUUUUGUCAAUUUGGGGAUCUGAAACCGACCCCUUUGAGUUCAAUAGACAACCCUUUUAAGAACGCAAGCAAUGUUUGCCACCGCGAAUCGGGAAUUCUGAGUUAAGCGUUUGAAGUGUGGCCGAUUUAAAAUUGAAACGUGUUAAAAAGAAGCCAAUAGUCAACAGUUAAUGAUGACGGGAAUCAAGGCGUUUGUUAAGGAGGGCAUCAAUGUGGCGGCGAUAAUGGGCAUGGGCGACACAAUAGCCCAGUUGUUCAUCGAGAAGAAGUCGCUGGACGACUGGGAUGCCGCGCGAACUCUUCGAUUCAGUGCCCUGGGACUGGUGUUUGUGGGACCGGUUCUGCGGCAAUGGUACCUCUUCCUCGAGAAACGGGUUCCCAAGACUCAUACUCCGAUGCGCCGCGGCGUCACCAAGAUGCUGCUCGACCAGGGCCUCUUCGCGCCACCCUUCACCCUGGUUAUGUCCUUCCUGGUUCCAAUGGUCAACGGUGAACCCGUCGACAAGAUCCGGAAGCGCAUUUCCGAAAGCUAUCUCACCAUAAUGGCCCGCAACUACAUGCUCUGGCCAGCCGCCCAGAUCAUCAACUUUAGCUUCGUGCCGUUGGGCUACCAGGUGGUUUUCGCCCAGUGCGUCGCCCUCAUCUGGAACUGCUACCUCUCCAUGAUGCUCAACAAAUAGGUCACUCCCUGUCCGUAUGUGUAUCCAGGUGCGGAUCCAUCCAUCGAAUAAAUUCUCUAAGCUUUACACGUGA